UGGCGGGAGAGAUGAUAUAGAGGUGAAAUAAGAUAAUGGGAGGAGGGAUUUCAAGUGAUCAUAAAAUCCAGAAUGGCCGUCGUUUGUCCAGAAGGUGGGAUAAAUGCAUCUGUAAGCUGAUAUGUCAAACGCCAUCAACCCCCAAAGAAGAAGGGAGGAGGACAGCACUACUGUGGUAGAGGAGCAGUGUGUUUGCAGACAUAGCUGCUGCUGAUGAAGCGGACUGAACCUAGAGAAGAGACAGAAGCUAAAGUAUUGAUCCCGUCAAGUUAGUGUGGAUCUGAUACCAAUAUUAACAUCUGUGUCACUUCUGUUGAUGCUUGUAUUGAUCCGCCCAGCCUCAGUUGAAGCAGCAAUGAGUUCAGUACAGUAUCUGAGAGAGUUCAUCAAGGAGAGACUAACUGCUGUUUGUGAAGAAAUCUUCUCAGAGGUUCAAAAAACCAUCAUCCAGUAUGAGGAGGAGAUCAACUGUCUACGCAGACAGGAUAUCAACCGGAAACCUGACAGAAACUCACACAUCAUAGACCUCCCAAAACAACAUGACUGUAAGGAAGAGGAGGAUCUGGAUGAGCAGCAGGUCUGUAACCAGGAGAGGAACUCCAGUCUGGACCAAGAGGACCCAGAGACUCCACAGAUUAAAGAGGAAAAGGAGGAACUUGGCAACAGUCAGAAGGGAGAGCAGCUUGGGCUGAAGCAGGAGGCUGAAGGCAUUAUUGUCUGGACUGAUAAAAAGCAGCUCAGACUGCUGGAGACCAUUUGGAAACCUGUGAUAAAGUUACACAGAAUAGAUGCCCUACAGCAGCAUGCUUUUGAGGAAGAGGAGAUUCUUACAGACCAGCACGUCUUUAACCAGGAGAGGAACUCCAGUCUGGACCAGGAGAAACCAGAGAAUCCACAGAUUAAAGAGGACCAGGAGGAACUCUGCAGCAAUCAGAAGGGAGAGCAGCUUGGACUGAAGCAGGACGCUGAUACCUUCAUGGUGACACCCGCUUAUCAGGAAAGUGCCUACAGUAAACCAGAACCAAACAGUGAGCAGCUCCUUUCUCACAGCUCUCCUGAAGCAGAGACCCGAGAUAAUGAAGAAAGUCAGCAUGUGGACUCAGGAACUACUAGAAAUACAGAGCUGAAUAAGAGACGUCACAGUCAGAGAGUAGACAACCUUACUGUGUCAUCGAGUAAAAGUAGAACGGACACAAAGAACAAGUCUGUACAAUGUGAAGUGUGUGGAAAAACUUUACAGGAUAAAUACAAUAUGAUUACACAUCUAAGAGUUCACACAGAUGAAAAGCCGUAUUCCUGUAGCACCUGUGGGAAAAGAUUUGCUGACUUAUCAACAUUCAAAAAACACAAGAGAAUUCACAAAGGUGAGAAGCCGUAUUCUUGUGACACUUGUGGGAAAACAUUUGCUACUUCAUUAGAAGUCAAAAAACACAUGAAAAGUCACACAGGUGAGAAGCCGUAUUCUUGUAGGACCUGUGAGAAAAGAUUUGCUACCUCAUCACAGGUCAAAAGACACACGAGAAUUCACACAGGUGAAAAGCAGUACCCUUGUAGCACCAGUGGGAAAAGAUUUGUUGAGAGGAACAAAUUAAAGAAGCACAUGAGAAUUCAUACUGUUUAAAAUGUUAAUUCUUAUAAAAUGUGGGACCGCUGUGAGUCAUCGCUGAACACCUGAGGGAAAAGAUGGUCCAUAUUCAAUCAGUAUUUUUCUAUCUAGAGCAGUAAAGAACGCUCAGCGUUGUUUUCUCAGUUUAUUACGUUAUUCUAUUAAUUGUUUCAGGGAAACUCUGAUCUUACAUUUCAUGAAAGUUAGAGUUCUUUAUGCUCCUGUUCUAUUGGUUCAUUGUUUAGGUCUGUUCAUUAGUAUUGCUUUAUACACUAUAAUGGCACAAAUGGACCAAAAAACAGUCCAAAUCUUCUGGUUUAUAAUUUUAAUUCUUUGGUCAAGUGAGUAUUUGCCACAAUAAAAAUGAACAAAAAUGAGCAACAGUCAA